UCAAAGCAGCCAGAAAACUCUUCAGGAUGUCCUGCUUUGGUCAGACUGAGGAGCAGCUCUGUGUCUCUGCAGACUCUGAUGAUGACAUUCUCUUCCCAUCUGAGUCUGGCCAGAGUCUGGAGGUUGCUCUUGUCAUCAUUCAUAAUCAUGAAGAGAGUUGUGUGAAUGACGACCUAAAGGUGGAUGAGAAAGAUGACAUGAAGACACACAACACAGAGCAUGUCAACAAAGAGGAGGAGGUGGAGGAGAUGGGAAUGAAUGAUGAGAAGGACAAGGAGGAAAAGAUUAAGAAGAGGAGGAGGAGAAAGAGAAAUAGCAAGAUGAAGGAGGAGGAGGAUCAGAAAGAAGAGGAGGAGGAGGUGAAAGAAGAGAUGAAGAUACAAGAGGAGAGUUUGAAAGAAAAUGAAGAGGAGGUGGUGGAUAAGAAUGAGAAAGAGAUGAAGGUAAAGGAGGAGAAGAUGAAAGAUGAGGAGGGGGAAAAGAAUGAGGAAGAGAUGAAGAUGAAAGAAAAUGAGGAGGAGGAAAGGAAAACAUGAAAAAGAGAAUGAGGAGGAGAAAAGAAAUAGCAGGAUAAAAGAGGAGGAGAAGAAGGAGGAGAGGGUGAUGGAGAAGGAGAUGAAGAUAGAGGAGAGGAUGAAAGAAAAUGAAGAGAAAGAGAUGGAUAAGAAUGAAGAUGAAAUGAAGGAGGAAGAAACAGAGGAGGAGGAGGAAGAAAAGCCAAAGGAGGAGAAGAGAAAGAGAAACAAGAAAAGAAACAGCAGGAGAAGCAGAAGGAUGAUGAGGAGGAGAAGCAAGAGGAGAAGGAUGAGGAGAGCAUGAAUGAGGAUGACAAG